AUAGAGUGUAUAGCUUCCUUGGUGUUUGUGUUCAGUGUUUUGUUAAGGAUUUCAACAAAUAUUUCGUCAAAGUGUUGAGUCGUUUCGCGCUCGUUCUAUACCCAGUGCAGCCCAGAACAGCACCGCGUUCUAGUGAAUUUCGCGUCCUUGCCAUUGGCGUUACUGGCGAACGCGGCAAGAACAGAUGUCGCCACCUUCAAGGCCGUGAUACAACCUUACACGGGUGAAACGCGUAGAAAAGUCGAAACAUGAAUUAAAGGUGUUUCGAUAACGGAGUCAGUUCUUGAAUCGUGAUAAAAAAGUUCUGAAAGCGUUACAUUUCGGCCGAUUUGAAUCGUCUUGAUAGUGCAGUGUCAUUCAAACCGCGAAUAUCGGUGGCGAAGUGUAUCGCUUGUUGCACAGUUGCCAAGGCGACUAAGAAGGUGCGUGGCUGCGUGCGUGUGCGUGUCUGAAAGUUGAAAGUGUGUUAUGAAAAGAGAACGAUCGCCUGAACUGCAAUUCAACAGCUAUCUUCGCGGCAAUUCAAUGUUUUGAAAAUCGAACAGUCUGAAGACAGGAAUAUUAUGGAUUACCCCGUGGUUGUCGAUUACUACGACUUGGGCCUAGAGGCUCCAUUCGAGUUUGGGGAGCACGACCAAGACUUUUUCUGGGAUGACGCAGCAUAUGUAAUGGCCAAUGAAGAAUAUAUAGCUGCAGUCGAACAAUUUGGAGACUAUGCUGGAUCUGAGUACAGUGAAACUCGUACCAUACUCGCCGAUGGCGGAGAUAGAUUUGGAAUUUCGAAUAUUACUUUUGACACGAAGGAAGAGCUUCUGUGGAUGGGGAAUCAAGGGGGACAUGUAACAUCUUAUUACGGGCCUGAGUUACAAAAAUAUACCUCCUUUCAAGUACAUACGCAACAUGGAAUUCGCGAUAUUCAGCCAGUGGAAGAGAGCAUCUUAAUCUUGACGCAAGAUUCGUUAAGAUGCCAAUUAAGAAGGGGAAUUCCAAUAUUUACUCACAUGUCGGCAAAUAUGACAGAUAUGCAAUGCAUGCUUCAAGUUUGUUCUACAAGAUUACUAAUGGGAGGACAUCAGGAUGAAAUAAUUGACUUUGAUCUCGUUACCGCGAAAGAGAUUGGUGGAGUAAUGGUAGAAGAAGGUGGUUGUGCAAUGUUAAGAAAGCAUAAUAGGCUGAUAUGUGCUGGUGACCCUAGUGGAAGAAUUGAUCUCAGGAAUCCAAAUACAUUGAAUAUCGAACACACUUUAAAUACUCAUAGCGGAUCCCUUAAUGAUUUUGAUGUACAAGGAAAUUACCUUGUCACCUGUGGUUUUAGUAAUAGUCGACAGGGCCUCACAGUGGAUCGUUUUUUAAUGGCAUAUGAUCUGAGACAAAUGCGAGCAUUAAUUCCUAUUACUACUAUGGUGUAUCCACUUUUAUUAAAGUUUCUACCGAGUUAUUCGAGUCGUAUAGCUGUUGUAUCGCCAUCGGGACAAAUGCAAUUGUUAGAUACUAUCUAUGCGAAUGUACAACCCACUGAGCAAUGCAUGUAUCAGGUUGCUACUGGUGGUGCGAUGACUCUAGCGUUCGAUGUAUCCUCCACAUCCCACUGUCUUUGCUUUGGAGAUACAGGAGGUUCCAUACAUCUUAUGUCUACAAAUACACAUGAUCUGAAGUUCAAUACGUUUUCCCGCACAACAGAAUUUGCUGAUCCAGCUGAUCCAAUUCAUCCUGUUUAUAUACCAUUUGAUGACGAUGUUACACCCCUAAGUACAAUACCCAUUAUUUACAAUGGUCAUCCGUUGUUGAGCGAUUGGGCGGAGGAAUAUAUUAGAAAAGUUUAUAGACCAACGCCAACAAUUAAUUCUGAAAUUUUACGCACAAUGAAAAUGCAAGGAACAAUAGGCUAUGCACCAAAUCCUCAUGCGUCUCGCAGAAAUCAAAUAACUUACGACGAUUUCGAAAUGCAAUAUGGCGUAGUCACAAAACUAUUUCCAGGGAACCCACAAUUUAGACCACAUGAUGGCACAUCUAUUAAUAUUCCUAAACGAUAUCGUAAAGUUGAAGUGAAAUACACCCGUCUUGGUUACGAGGAGUUCGAUUUCGAUCAGUAUAAUCGCACCAGUUUCUGUGGCCUGGAAGCUACACUUCCCAACAGUUAUUGUAAUCCUAUGUUACAAUUGCUUUAUUAUUGCGAACCUCUGAGAAUAGCAUUGCUCUCGCAUUCGUGCCAAAGAGAAUUCUGCCUCUCUUGUGAACUGGGGUACCUGUUUCACAUGAUGGACAUAUCCCGAGGAUUACCUUGCCAAGCUGCGAAUUUCCUCAGAGCUUUUAGGACCGUUCCUGAAGCAGCCGCGUUAGGACUUAUAUUGAGCGACCUGCAUCCAGAAGCCAGAAAGAGAAUUUGCUUAUUACAAUUAAUACAAAGCUGGAAUAGGUUUAUAUUAUAUCAACUUCAUUACGAGAUGGUGGAGACAAGGAAAGAGCAACAGGAGCAAGAAAUUGCGGCACGUUUAAAGCCUAGUCCCAAGUAUCCUUCGUUCGUGUAUAACGAACAAGACUUCCCUAGCAUCUUGCAAGACAUUGGAACGCGGUAUAGAAGCCACGACGAAGAACGGAAAAGAAGGAGAAAGCAAGAGGAGGAUGGUAAAUAUAUGUGGAUCACGUCGAAAGAGAAGAAUGGAAAAAAGUCUAUCAUAGAAAACCAAAUACGAGAUGAUAAGACUGAGAUCAGACGCCUGUUCGGAUCCAAACAAAUACACGUAUAUCGUUGUAUUAAAUGCCAUCGUGAAGCUACCAAACAUUCCAUCAUGUUGCUAUGCAAUUUAUAUUAUCCGGAUUUACAAUAUCCUCCUGUGGAGGUUCCGUUUACAAGUGUUCUUGCCAGCAGUUUAAGAACCCAGAAAUUGACACCUGCCUGGUGUGAAAAUUGUCAAAAAUUUGCACCCACCUUCCAAUCUAGACAAUUGACUGAACUACCUCAAAUAUUGGCGUUGAACUGUGGUUUAGAUUCGGAACAGGACAAGCUGUUCUUCCAAAUUCAAAUGGAUAUCGUCGUUCAAAAGGUGUUAAGUGAAAAAGAGGGUAGUCCAUCUUCUAGUCCUGUCCCCGUUACCGUAAAACCUUGUAGGUACGGUAACAAUUGCACCCGACCUGAUUGUAGAUUUGGGCACACUGGUAGAGAUACAGAAAACAUGUCAACGCCACCUGUUACACCCCCUACGGCGACUGCAGGAGCAGGAUCAUUUACGAACCCACCUAGUCACUUGUAUUAUUGGCAUUCAUGGAUUCCACACCAUAUUGACGUUUUGUUGAAAAGUGAUGGUGAAAUUACCGUAGAAAAAAUUAGUAAUCCAGAGAAUGACACCGCCGAAUGUAAUAGUAGUAGUGAGUCCACAAAGAAGAGAGUGGUGGAAAAUGGUGAGACGAACAGCAAGGUGGAUCAAGUUCCAGGAUGUUCUUCAACGUCCUGCAAAAACCAUGUUGCUGCAGACAAUGGUGAUGGGGUCAACGCAAAUGCGACUAACGAGAGUACGAAGAAUGUGAGCAAAAUGCAGUACAGUCUCAGCGCUGUUAUCUGUCACAUAAAUGAUAAAAGUAAUGACGACAAAAGACAUCUCGUUGCAAUGAUACGGGUUGGGCCAAAUUAUCAUAUAAGAUCAGCUGGUAGUCCUGUGUCACAAUGGUACAUUAUGAAUGACUUUUGUAUAUCAACAAUAACACCACAAGAAGCAGUUUGGUUCGAUCUAGAUUGGAAAGUUCCUUGCAUCCUUUAUUACACAGCAGUGCCAGCACCUGAGCCAGCUCCUUUAGUUUGUCCUCUUACAUACGAUGUAUUUGGAGAAGACAAAUGUAUUGCUCGUAGUGGCGGAACUAGAGGAAUCACAUUUACUCCUUUAACAUCUGAUGAAAUGCCGAGGAAUGGAGACUUAGUCGGUAUUGAUGCAGAAUUUGUAACUUUAAAUCAAGAAGAAUCUGAACUUCGCAGUGACGGUAAAAUGUCCACCAUCAAACCAAGUCACAUGUCGGUUGCGCGAGUUACUUGUAUACGCGGGCAAGGUCCUUUGGAAGGCACGCCCUUCAUAGAUGACUAUAUAAGCACUCAAGAGCAAGUGGUUGAUUACCUAACAAAAUUCAGCGGUAUUCAACCAGGUGAUUUAGACGCAAAUUUCAGCAGCAAACAUUUAACCACUCUUAAAUCAACUUACCAGAAGUUGCGGUUUUUAGUCGACAAUGGAAUAAUAUUUGUAGGUCACGGAUUAAAAAAUGAUUUUAGGGUAAUCAAUUUAGUUGUUCCGCCGGAACAGGUAAUAGAUACAGUACUGCUGUUUCAUUUGCCACAUCAUCGUAUGGUGUCACUGCGGUUUCUAACGUGGCACUUUUUGGGUAGGAAGAUUCAAUCUGUAACGCACGAUUCAACGGAAGAUGCUCGUGCAGCCCUCGAAUUGUAUCAUAAAUAUGUAGAGCUACAAUUUAUGGGAACAUUGACAGAAUCAUUGAAGGACCUCUAUCAAAUUGGCAACCAACUGGCUUGGAAGGUACCAGAUAGCUGAUACGAGGAUGAUUCCCACGAGGAAAUGCAGGAUUUCUUUCCGUCGAGCAACGAGGGCGAAAUUUAGAUGAUAAUUCCGGAACAUGGUACAUAUAAUUUAAGAAUUGUAUUUCGUGAAGCAUCGGCUAAUUUGUUCCAAACACUGAAGAAGACAGUGUUUCGUGAUUCCAUUUUAUAGCGAAAUCAUGCGCUCCUCGUUAUUCAUUGAGUCUGACGGUAAAAAGAGUGUUUGCGACUGAAGUGUGGCGAACGUCGUCGCAAAUGUAAAUAAUACGGGUACAAUUACAUUCUUUUUUUACGAUACUACUUCGUCCGGUCGUUCGUUACAUCACACUGAGCAUGAGUAUGAUUGAAUUAUCGUAUCUGAAUCAAAUGUUUGAACACAAUCCUCGUCAAACCAAUCUUGUAAAUUAUUGAGGUAAUUAACGAAAAGGAAUUCUUAUUGAUCAUGGUUUUAGGCAUUUCUUACAUGCUGAUCAGUGGUGAUUUUGUACAUAUUCUCGAAUAGCGUUUUCGAAGAGCAGUAUCAAUUCCACACUGCCCGAUUAUAUAUGAAUAUUUAUUUUAAUUUUUGCGAUAUGUUUUAACCGCAAAAAGCAACACAAUCCAUCCUGAUCAACAACCGUAUCAUAGAUUCGUGUAUAUAACUCAUAGUAUUCUAGCAAUAAUUAUGGAUGGAAAAUCGAUAGGAAGGUAACGUUUCACGGUUUCCUUUUGUACGUAUCUUUUCUAAGAGAUUGACUUUUGUACAUCAAACAACACAACAAAAUAAGCAAAGUACAGGCCGUUUUAAUUUAUCGUGCGCACUAAAACAAGCUAGAAGUGUUUUCUAAACUGUCGUUUUCUAUAAAGCUCGCGAGAUAAAAUAAUAAUACUAAAAUAGUACUAUAUUUUACAAAAAAACAAUUGUAUUCAUAGAUUAUUUUUAUAUGAAUUUUAUCAAUAUCAAAAAAAUGGAAAAAGGGGCAAAAUACUAUCAAAAUCUAUGAAAUGAGAUUAGAUUAUGAAAGGAUAUAUUUUUUUAUAUCAGGAAAGAUUUUCUUAUUAUUUUAACGUAUCAAAACUUGUACGUUGAUUCCGAUGGAAAUGCGAUCCGUAAAGGUGAUUUAAACAGAUCGGUAGCACACUAUGUUAAAUAAUCAUGCAUUUUUUUUGUGUACAUGAUGUCAAUGUGAUUUUUCAAUAAAUGAUCCUAAAAAUAAA